CACCUAGCUGUCUGAAAUGACGUGUACGUUUAAACUACAAAUGGAUUACUAAAUGCGACUUGUUAUGACAGAUUUAUAACUUACUUUAUAAAUAUUUAUUCUUUUCAGUUCGUUAAUUUUUUCUUUGUUGUUUCCAACUUCACAUAUAUGACUGCUGUUCUAACAUUUUAUAACAUAAGUUGAAUUACCAAUCUUUACAUUUGGAGCUGAUAACUGUUUGAAACAAACAGAAGUGGUAAAAUAAAGCAAAGACUGUCAGGAUACGAAAGUCAUUUCAACAUUAUCCCUGUAUACUGCUCUACAUAUGUUACAUAGAAGAUGUGUCAAAAUCAAAUGAUAAAAAUAUUCGGAUUAUAUUCAUACUUCUAACCGCGUCUUGGGAACUGUGGUAGAGCGAUAUUCCUAUUUUUGCUUGGACCCUCUUUAUUCACUCAAAUACAAGGAUACAGGUUUGUUUCCUUAAAAUUUUCUCAAAACAUAUUCUAUCAACCAAAUUGUUUUAUAUAUUUCUCUAUUUCUCUUUUACUGCCAAUAAUAACUUUCUAAGUAUGACGUGUCGGGAUCGAACUAAUGAAUUUCUGUCGGCAGUUGAAUCAAUACAGUCGCGACAAAACAACACAGUUGUCACAUCACGAUCUCCAGUUACCAAAAGUAAGCUACAACGAACUGAGUUUACUGUUAAGGCGAAGCAUAUCGGCCGAGAUUUAGCUAAUACUUUCGCCAAACUUGAAAAGCUUACUUUAUUAGCCAAACGGAAAUCUUUGUUUGAUGACAAACCCACAGAAAUUCAAGAUCUUACGUUUAUUAUAAAACAAGAUAUCACUUCUUUAAACAAACAGAUUGGUGAGUUGCAGGAAAUAGCACGAGCCCAAAAAUAUCAUAAUGGUCGUCACCAACAAACGCAUUCUUCUUCGGUGGUGGUCGCUCUGCAGUCAAGAUUGGCCACAAUGUCUAACGAAUUCAAAACAGUCCUAGAAGUACGUACGGAAAACUUAAAGCAACAGAAAACACGCCGUGAGCAGUUCUCUCAAUCAGCUGUUUUCCCACUUACGACCAUGUCUGGGGAGGGUUCGGUGUUAUUAAACGAAGAUGAAGCCGAUCGGACAAAACCAAACGACUUGUCAAUUGAUAUGAAUUUUUCACAACGGCAACAUCAAGACCAAAUUCAACUAAUUGAUGAACAAGAUGCUUACGUUCAAAACCGGGCAGAAACAAUGCAAAAUAUUGAAUCUACCAUUGUGGAAUUAGGCACUGUUUUCCAAAGACUUGCUACAAUGGUAAAAGAACAAGAAGAAAUGGUAAAUAGGAUCGACUCAAACGUUGACAAUGCUGAGCUUAAUAUAGAAAUGGCUCACGGCGAGAUAUUGAAAUACUUUCAAUCUGUUUCUUCAAAUAGAUGGCUCAUGCUCAAAAUUUUCUGUGUUCUUAUAGUAUUUUUCAUUAUAUUUGUUGUAUUUAUGGCCUGAGGAACUGAUAACCGAACAUUCGUUUACUGGUGGUUUGUUUUCAGUUUCAAUUUGAAAGUAGAGUGAACAGAAAAUCAACUGUUGGUUUUCAAUAAUCGGUAUGUAUGUGUGUGUAUAUAU